AUGUGCAUGUCAGCAACUUGUGGUUUUUGCCCCACACACCUUGCUGAAGGUGGAGUAGAGUUUCACCAUGCAGAGACACAGAGCGAGUUCAGAGAGACAGAAGGAGAGACAGGAGGAUGGACAGACUAUCAUCACCACCCUUCAACUUCUGCUUUCUCCAGCUGCCAUUCAGAUCCCUCUUCAACAAAUGUGCACAUCCAUGAGUCCCCAGACGGCUGGGAGAGUUUGCUGAAAAACAUCAAAAUCAGGGCUGAGAUGUUGGUACGCAUAGUUCUGACCUUCAUUUAUUCUGCACUUCUUCUGUCAGGAGUCGGGGCCAGUAAAUGGCUGGUGUAUUUCUCCAGGACGGACAUAUGUGUUUGGGCUGGGACAACAGUAACGCUGCCGUGCCGCUAUGAUUACCCGUCGCCCUUCAGCUCCAACCGUGUUAUGUGGUUUCACAUCUCCGCUGAUGGUCGACGGGAGAUCGCUUUCCACACUGACGGGAGUCUGUUGAGCCCUUCGUACCGGGACAGGAUCAAAUACAUUGGAGGCUACAAAAGAUGCAGCCUGCAGAUCACCAAUGUGAAGCUGAGCGAUGCGGGAAUGUACCAUUUCAGAUUCGAAACGGACAACCAGCAGGGAAGAUGGACGUCUCCUGAUGCUAUCACACUGUCUGUCACAGAGCUUCAGGUUAACGUACAUCCACCCAGAAUUGGUAACAUGUUUGCUGCCGGUGAGACGGUUUUCCUGAGCUGUGUGGCGCGAGGUUGUGCUGCUCCUGGAAAGAGUUUUGCCCUUUAUCGAAACGGAGUAAACUUGGGUCAGUCCAGCAAACUAUCAGCCAUCUAUAACUUCAACAGUCAGCAUGUAGGAACCUACACCUGCCGUCCUUUACCCAUUCAAAACAUCCAGUCCCCAGGGCUCACUCUGGCUCUGGGAUAUGCUCCUCGCUACACCGCGGUUCAGAUCAGCCCUCGAGAGGCCGUCCGAGAGGGCGAUUCAGUGACUCUCACUUGCAGCAGUGAUGGAGCCCCGCCAGCAGAAAGCUUUGCCUGGUUUAAAGAAGGAGAGAGCGGCAGCCUGCCAGACAGCUUUAAACCUGAGCUGAGGCUGUGGAGUUUGGACUACAGGGACUAUGGGGAGUAUUUCUGUGUGGCUCGAAACCCGCUCGGCACCGACCGGUCCAGACCUCUUCUGCUGAACCUUACCUACUCGCCAAAAAACACAAGGAUCCUCAUCAGUCCUAAAGGAGAUAUCAUGGAGGGAUUUUCUGUCAAUCUGACCUGCAGCAGCAACGCUAACCCUCCUGUGCUGAAAUACGCCUGGUAUAAAGUGAACGGUGGUCAACCCUGGACUAAAGGCACGGCGCAAAAUCUCACCUUCUUCGGCGUGCGUUCCCAUCAUGCCGGACAGUACUACUGCACUGCGUGGAACACAUUCGGCAUGGGCACAUCGCCUACUAUUUCUCUUCCAGUGCUUUACGCCCCUAAAAACACCUCUGUUCUGGCUCAGCCCUCCACUGUGAUCGAAGCGGGCAGCUCGCUGACGCUGACCUGCAUCAGUCAGGCCAAUCCAGCGGUGGAGAACUACACCUGGCACCGGAUCAAUACGGCUGACGCCUGGGAAACUCGAUCGGGCCCCAGCUACACCAUUGCUGAGGUCAGUUCUGGAGCCAGCGGACAGUACUACUGCGAGGCCCGCAACCGCAUCGGUGCACACAGCUCCCCCAUACUCACCGUCAAGGUUCGAGGCCGACUGAAAGUGAUCGCUCUGGCAUCUGCAGUAGGGGUUUCUAUUGGAUUAAUCUCGCUGACUGUGGUCGUCAUGAUCAGUAAAAACAUGCAUCGUGUGGACACUGAAAACCUUGAGGAAGCAAAACAGUGUUCACCAGUAGUUGAUUUACCAGUGGAUGACACUUCAUUUAGUGAAUCGACUUCACAGACGUUUCUCCUCAAGGGCACAAAAAUGUCUGACAUCCCAGAGGAGCCAGAGGAGGUGUAUGAAAGUAGCCAUCCAUCCAUCGUACCCUUGAAAGAAGCAGCUCCGAGCUCUGAGGAACAGGGAAAAAUCAACUACAUUACGGUGCAUUAUUCUCGCAUGCCCAGUCGGGACCAAGUGGAGGUCACAAACAUACCGCUAGAUGGAGGGAAGAAGGUCAAAGAUGGCGCUAAUGUGGUUUAUUCUGUUCUUGCCAUGCAGUCAAGAGAGGGAAUGGAAGAGUCUGGAAUCUGAAGGUCGAUUAGAGAAACAAAUCACAACAAUUGUGAAAAUACACAGGGAUUUUUGUUUACUACUAAAGCAUGAGUGUCAGAGACUUGAGAACCACACAAUUCAAAGAAAUUUAGUGGCCUGUUCAGUUGUGUUUGUUCAAAAGAUCAGGAUUUUAAUUUUUUUUGUCUUUUAAGGCUGCAUUAACUUGAUCAAACAGCAGUAAAAACUACAAUUCUGAAAUGUUUUUUCAAUUUAAAACUGUUUUAUGAUUACAUACAGUACAUGUUAACAGUUCGUUUUCAUCUACACUAUCUGACAAAAGUCUUGUCGUUGAUCACAGUUAUAAGAGCAAAAAAUAAUAACUUGACUUUUAGUUGAUCAUUUGGAAAAGUGUCAGAAGGUAGAUUUUUCUGAUGAAUCAACUGCAUCUCAAUCAUCACAAAUACUGCAGAAGACCUAUUGGAACCUGCAUGGCUCAAGAUUCUCACAGAAAUCAGACAAGUUUGGUGAAGAAAAAAUCAUGGUUUGGGGUUGCAUUCAGUAUGGGGGUUUGCAAGAGAUCUGCAGAGUGGAUGGCAAGAUCAACAGCCUGAGGUAGAGACAUUACAUUACAUUACAAACCACAGGAGAGGGCAAUUUCUUCAGCAGGAUAGCGCUCCUUCUCAUACUUCAGCCUUCACAUCAGUUUCUGAAAGCAAAGGAGGUCAAAGUGCUCCAGGAUUGGCCAACCCAGUCACCAGACAUAAUUAUUGAGCAUGUCUGGGGUAAGAUGAGGGAGGAGGCAUUGAAGAUGAAUCAUUUUAGAGAUGUAUCGAUACAGUCCUCCAAGCUCAUGGAGUCAUAUACAGAACAAUAUUAUUUCUUUUUCCACUGCACCAUGACUUUAUAUUCUAUACUAUACAUUAUUUCAUAUUUUAUUUUGGUAAAAUAAGCAUAAUCUAGAGGCCUUUGCCUUUCAUAUAAGCCACUUCUGAUACCAAAUGAUCAGCUAGAAGUCUAGAAGUUAUUAUUUGUUGUUCCUAAAACUUGGAUAGGCGACAAAACUUGUCAGGUAGUGUAUCUUCAGUAUUACAUAACAAAACAUUUAUUAUUGCUAUUGAUGUUUAAAGUGGUUUUGUAGAAUAGGGAUACAUGUUUUUUUUACUUUGUUUAACAACGUUCAAAAGAACAGCAUUUACUUGAAACAUUUUUUUUUGGUACAUUAUAAAAGCAUUUACGGUCACUUGAUUUUAUCACUUAAUUUAAUGCAUCCUUGCUGAGGAAAAGUAUUAAGGAUUAAUAAGUCAUACUAAACCCAAACUUUUGAACUAAUUUAUCAGUUAUAAAGCUCUUUCUGAUUCGGAUUCUGUAAUACCAGUAACAACUGUCUAAUGCAUUUAAUAAAAUAAAUAAAUACCCCAAUUAAAUACCUGGAACACAGGCAUUAUAUG